AUGGAAACCAACUACGCGAUGAAUACAGAACUCUACGAUCCUUCUACAGGAACUUGGACGGUCAGUGGUGCCAUAAGCAAAGGAAGGAUUUAUCACACAGCAUCGGUACUUCCAAAUGGAAAAGUCUUGAUCGCUGGUGGAUGUACGUUUGGAUAUUGUUUAAGCACUUCCGAAGUUUGCGACCCAUCUACAUCCCGAUGCACAAUGAGUGGCGACAUGACUAGUGUGCGAUGGUAUCACACAGCAUCGAUAUAUAGCAAUGGAACAGUGUUUGUCACAGGUGGAGCUAACAGCGACAAUAGUACAGAACUUUGUGAUCCAUCUGCAGGAGUCUGGAUGCGCGCAGACAGCAUGAGCGCAACAAGAACAGAACAUACAGCAUCAACUCUCCCGAAUGGAAAAAUCUUAGUGGCUGGUGGGUAUAAUUAUAGUUAUACUACUUUUAAUUAUACUACUUUUAAUACAGCAGAAAUAUUUACAUGA